CGCACAUGUAAAUGUCACAGGUGUUACCCGUCUAAUUAAUGGUGAACAUGACGUGUAGUCAAGUAAAAAGGCCAUUCCACUCCACAUAUUGCCAUGAAAUGUGGGACCUCACAAGUUUAACCUGGGCCAUUCUAAUCGUCGUAUCAUCGGCUUUGACAAGCUACGCAGAAUAUGUCCCGUUUUCUCUCAUUGGUGAUGUCGAUGAACCGACCGGAUUCACGAAGAAAGUUAUUUUCAUCACAGGCCUGGAAAAACGCGUAGAAAGUGAUCUUCUUCCUUUGGCAGAAAUUCCAAAAGAUUUAUCUGGAAGACAGGGAGAUGAUAUCACAUCUUACAAUACAUUGUUGUGGAAUCGUCGAAGAGAAAUCAUCAUGUCAAUAAAGAAAUUUAGAAGAUACAACAGCUUCCUUGAAUAUGUCGACUCUUUCAAGAUCUUUAGAUCAUCUUCUGCAAUGAAUGGAUUAAGUUGGCUACUCUCUAAAUAUUGGCAAUCGUCAGUAAAGAAUCUCAAAACACACUUAAAACAAGUCGAACAAUAUAUAGUUGAGUACGCUAGAAUCAGCAGCAAGAACUUUGUAACGUCAGUCGAGAUUGAAGGAAAACAUACAGUGUAUUUCUACAUUUACGACCACAGGAAGGUUGAACUGGAUGUAUGGUUCAAAAAAUCUGAAACCCCUGUUGUUGGAGACAAAGAUUUGAUACACAAGGAGUUUGGAAAGACUUGGUUGGCUGGUGGUAAAACGAAACUACCUAUAAAAAGUAAGAGGCUUAUUAGGCUGUUUAAACUGGCUUUAGAAGAAGCCAAUGGUCAGGAAAAUAAAGAGGAAGAAAACUCAAAUGAGUAAUGGGACUGUUAGUACAGUGAAGUACUUCAUUUUUAAUAUAUGCAAAGACGAGAAUAAAAACAUUACAUGAC